GCAAGUCACCACCAGGCAAUCAGGAAGGAAAUUGAUGCUGAAAGUGAAACUAUAUGAGCAGUUACAGAUCUAGCAGUUAUAUUAGCAGCAGUUACAGAUCUAAUACAGAGACUGGCAACAUCAAGGAGUCAUGGGAGAUCAGUAUGGCAACAUUAUGCGUGUUGAUACUACCGGAGCUUCUCUUGAAACUGGAAAACAAGAAGGGCUGUCUUACGGUGGGAUUGCAGCUUCUGAAAAAAUUGCAGAGAGAGAUCUAAAGAAUCUAGAGAAAUACAAGACAACGAUUCAGAAUGUUAGUGAAAAAACUGGUAUCGAUGCAGCUUUAAUUGCUGCUAUAAUGUCCCGAGAAUCUCAUGCUGGAACUAUCCUGAAGAAUGGCUGGGGUGACCAUGGCAAUGGAUUUGGUCUGAUGCAGGUUGAUAAAAGAUACCAUAAACCCACAGGUACGUGGGACAGUGAGGAGCAUAUUACUCAGGCUACUCUCAUUCUGGCCACCAUGAUAAAGGAGAUCCAAAAAAAAUUUCCACAGUGGACUAAGGAACAACAGCUCAAAGGUGGAAUUGCAGCAUAUAAUGCAGGAACUAAAAAUGUCCAAACCUAUGAGCGACUGGAUGUUGGAACAACAAAGAAUGAUUAUGCCAAUGAUGUUGUUGCAAGAACCGUGUUUUACAAAAAAAUGGAUACUAACUAUAAUUUGAAAUGAAUGUACUGUACAAUCAACCAACUUAUGAAAACUUUUGUAUUAUUUGUAUGUUGAUUGCAUUAUGUUUUUGUUGCUUGACUGCUGUAAGUAGCCCGCACCCAGUUUCUAAAUUGCAUGUGAUCCAGGCUGUUUUAAAUGACUGUGAUGUGAAAUCAUGGUAAGCAACUUACAUGCAUUAAGUUUGCCAAGUAAAUUCUAAAUAGCUGUUUUGUGUUAAUUAGCAUGAACUUUAAAAAUUCUUUUCAUCAUUUUUGUAACCAGUAAGGAUUUGCCUUUUAGACCUUGCUUUUCUUCAAGCUAACAGCUACUAUGUUUACCACCAUAAUGUAAGAGGUAAUGUGAUGUACUAGUUGAGGUUUGAACUGGGAAACUGUUUCAGAUCAUUUGGAUGCUCUUAGCCACUAUCAUCUUAAAGUUUAGAUCUGCAGUUUGUUUACAGUCCUAUUAUAGGUUUGCACUGUUAAUAAGCUCUGAACAUGUCAAAGGCUAUACAGAUGCUAACUGCUUUCACUGAUGUUUAAUAAAUUUGUACUUUGCAAUACA